UAAAUCAAAACAGACCUUAGAGCGAUAACGAGAAGAAUGGCGCUAAUGACAAAGCAUCUGAAAUAAUCACAACUCUGAAAGGUUCACGACAUUGACAUAAAAUCAACUUUUCAACUGCAAUGUAUAAAGGCUGAUCUCAGACGACGUGUAAAAGCUGAUCUCAGACGGCCCUAACAGUCUCAUAAAAUUGCAAAGUUUAUCUCAAUUAUCUACGUGCACAGAUUAUCGGUCAGGUAAAGGACAUAACACUACAGUGGCGAAAAAACUAAAGGUUAUAUGUUAAUUGUAAUUGAAAGGUUAUGACCAUUGUUAUCAAAUAACCAUACCGCAAAACAUACACAAAAUUGAGAGACAAACGAAUUCAUGUCACGAAAUACUGAGAAUAGCGGAAGUAAAAUUUGUGUCGACGUAAAGUUUUACCACUAAAAAAGAUUUCAGAUUAUUUAAAAAAUCUUGUUUAAACUGUUGGAGUGCGGCACAUCAGUUCCUCUUUCGUAAAUGGCAGAGGGCGGAGAAAGUAAUAUUCAGCGUGAAUGUAUGGAGAAAAUUAUAAACAAGAUUGCUAUAGACAUUUCAGAUGAUUGGAUGAAACUCGCUAGAGAGUUAAAAGUUAAAAAUACUGUUAUAAACAACAUUGAUAACGAAUGGCGAAGUCUGUAUGAGAAAGCAUAUCAAAUGCUUCAAAAAUGGUACAGUAAAGAAGGUUAUUACUGUGGAAUGGAAAAACUUAUCGAGGCUUUACGGAAUAUUGGAAAAAACGAUAUAGCAGAUGAGAUAGAACACAUGCAUCCAGGCACAUCAGCUCCAACUCAUGAAGGGUUUUUACAAGCGAUGAUAAAGGCGCAUACUGCCAUCUAUGACGCUUGUAUAGGCUGCAUAGAUAUCAAUAUAGGAACCAACCAGCUUGUCGCCAUACGCAAAAUAGCGGAUGAAAUGGAAAAUAUGAACACGAUUUUGAUGUUGUUGGUAAACCCUUCGCACGGAAACUUUGCCAGUUUAUACAAUAUAUGCUGUGUACACGAAAAACAGAUCGAGCAACUGAUCAAAUUGGUUCUUUCUAAAUUGACAGGCACGAAAAAGCCAAGAGGAUCUUCGGAUACAACAUUGCCCAGAACAAAUGGGGAAACUCCAGAACCAAAAGUACCUUCAUGUGGUCAUCAUAGCACGUUUCCAGGUGUUGUUAAGAGAAUUGCACUUCUAUCAUUCAACGAGAGAGCCAUGGAAUAUGUAAAUAGAACUUUAACAGAUAUUUACAACUGCAUCAUAAAGAUAAUGAAAGAUAACAACCACGGUUUAUUUUCGUUUCUUUUUGAUGUAACAACGCAGCUUAAAAAAAUGAACAUUGUUUUGAUGAUCACAGGAAGUCCUCAAAGACAAACAGACGACAAGAUACAUGAACAAUGUCUCAGACGCGAACAAAACAUCAAAGAACUGCUCGACUGGAUUGUUAACAGAAUGCAUGAAUCGUAACGUCUACUUUUACAGAGAUAUACUCUUACAAUUCUUACUGUUUAAUGUUAAAAAUUUUGUAUUGUCACAACUUAACUGGAGAAAGGAUGAACGAUUCUUCUUAAAUUACAAGUUUAAACAUUUUAAUGAUUCGAGGGAAUGAGGGAAGAAGGAAUCAAAUAUUUUUAAGGCUUGCGUAUGCAAUUUAGAUUUGUACUUGUGAUUUAAAUAUACUACGCAGUCUACGCUCUAUAAUGGGCAUUUUUUAACUUUGUGUAAAUUUUGGUAUUUGUUAUUGAUAUAUAUGCGUACAUGUAUAGAUAGAAAAUACAUAUAUAGUAUGCUGAAAAUAUCGAAAUAAACAAUAGACAAUUCACUAUAAGUUUAAAGAUUGGUAAUCCAGGCAUUAUAAAGUUUAAACAAUUCACUAUGUAUACAUUUAUAUAUGAAAGUAAUUUGUAUUUUCACAAAUUAUAGCUUUUUUCACUAAAUGUUGAAAUAGCGAAGUGCGAUUGAAAAGUUGCAAUUUAUUAGUAAAUGUAUCAUAACGACAAAAUUACGCAGGUGCAUAUGGUGUUUUUGUAUUGAGGAAUAUAGAUCGUUUUUCUUUAUUAAAUUAUCAAAGAAUAUGUAAAAUUCAA